AUGUUUCCCUCUACUCAAAUCCACACCUUAGACUGUCACUGCAUUAAAUGUCACAACAGUCAUCAGAAAUCUUCUUAUGCUACAAAGCGUACUGAGGCCCGUCAUAAUAAGAGAGCUAGAGUUGAAGCCGCAAUGAGAAACAUGGAUGUAGAUACUGAGGUAAUCCCAACCUCUCGUUCCAAUUCUGUGGAAGCAAUGGACGGUCAGGCCAACUCACCUUUUUUGGAUGCCGCCUCAAUGUUUGACAAUGACAGAAACGACAAUGAUUUUGAUGACAAUGUUGAAGAUGAAGUCAAUGAGAUCGAGAUUGAGGACUUCAACAGUGAAGACCCUUUUGCUGCUCCUGAUAUGCCCAAAAAUGAAGUCCAUCAAUUCAUAGCCAUCUUUACGGUACUGUUUGCUUCACGUCAUGUUGCUGAUAAGAGUGCUGCUGUCUUGAUUGAGUUUAUCAACAAUCUGCUGAGAAUCUACGACCAAGAUUUUCAAUUACCAACCAGUCUUGCCAGUUUACAAAAAAUGACAGGAUUUUCUGCUAUUACAAAAGGCAUCAAGAAAUUUGUGGUGUGCCAAGGCUGUCAUACAGUAUAUCACAAUAUCGUAUCUGCUCUUCCUCGAUGUGUUUCCUCAAAACUUGGUGCCAGGUCUGCAUGCAACUGUAAUUUGAUGAAAUCCAUAUCUUCCGGUGCCUUGGUUGCAAAGCGUGAAUAUGUCUACCAAUCCAUUAAAAAUACAUUGAGCGUUUUCUUCUGUCGCCCUAGUUUCGAAGCCAAGAUUCGUCAAUGGAAUAAGGAGUUGAAAAUGCCCUUUGAUGGUGUCACUCACUCCUCUGGUGCUAUCUAUCUGGCCAUCAACAACUUGCUCCGUGAUGAAAGAUUCAAGCCAGAGAAUAUUAUCCUUGUAGGUCUCAUGCCUGGUCCAAAGGAGCCAAAAACCAACGAGAUCAAUAGUUACUUGGAGCCCUUGGUGGAUGAUUUGAAGCAGCUGUAUGUUGGCAUGCAGAUUCCUACACACGAAUUCCCAAAUGGUAUCAGUGUUCAUGCGAACCUGAAAUUGAGGCUUAUCAGAUUUCUGAAGGUUUAUGGGUUUUAA